UAUAACAACAUGGCUGAAAAUACCACCGAGCUAAACCAUCCAGAAUGGUUGAAUGUGCAGUUCAUAACUGAAGUUCUUAAUAACUAUAAAAAGGAGAUCGACCUUAAGGUUACCCAUUUGGUCAUCACCCCUGGAAGUUCUGUAGGUGAUAACUAUGCCAGUGUUAUGUAUCGAGCAAGAGUGGAUUAUACAAACCCAAAGGGAACCUUCUCCAAAUCACUGAUUAUCAAAACGGUGUCCGAAAUGUUUGCCGGUUCUUCGCUAUUUAAAACUGAAAUUGGGAUGUAUAAGAAAGUUCUGCCCGAGUUCGAGAGGAUACUUCGAGAAUCUGGUGAUACAUCCAAGCUAUAUGCAGACUGUGUAUAUUAUAGCCUCGAGCCGCGACAGGUUAUAAUUUUUGAAGAUCUCGUAGAGUUGGGCUAUGAAAUGGCAAGAAAUCGUGCUCUCUCGCAUCAGGAGAUAUCUAGUGCCUUGUCCAAGCUGGCUAAAAUCCAUGCAACCAGCAUGAAAAUCAUUAACGAGCAACCUGAGUUCCUUAAGGAGUUCAAUGAUGGAAUUUGUCUUGUAGACAUUCCCUAUAUGAACUCAGGUGCGGCUCCGUUUACUGAAUUUUUAGGUCAGAUUUCUGAACUGAAAAAAUAUCAGCCGCACUUUGAGAAGAUAGGUACUAGCUUUAUUGGCAGACUCAAAGACGUUAUGAAGGAGUACCAGACGAAUCCCCAACCAGGUUACUACGUUCUCUGCCAUGGGGAUUACCACACCCGAAAUGUAAUGUUCAAACACAAUAAGAAAUCUGGAUCCUUCGAGGAUUGCAUGUUGCUGGACUACCAGGGAUGCUAUGUUGCUCCUUUGGCAGUGGACCUAAUGUACUCCAUUUACAUGUUGAUGAACCGGGAACAGCGUACUGGGGAGCUGGAGACCCUACUUAACUACUACUUUUUCGUCCUUCUACAGACUCUUAGAAAGAUUGAUUACCAGGGAGUAAUGCCUACUCCUCUGGCUUUCUGGUCGGAAAUGAAACGCCUUAAGGAUUACGAAUUCCUCUUCCUAAGCACUUACUUGCCAAUGUCGGUGGGCCUUAGCCUUGGUGGCAAUUAUAACCAAGAAACAGAUCAAAAAUUAAAAGAUUACAUUGAAGAAUGUAAGAUAAUGCUGGCUAGAUUCGAAAGAUCAGGAUAUUUUGAAGAUCUUUAAGAUUGGAAAUUUAUAAAAGAUAUUCAUGAACAAGAAGUUAACCAAAAACAGACAAUAAAACUGUUAGAAAAUUACGAACCGCUCUCUUAAACGUUAUAUUUUUAAGUACAUUAAUAAAAAAUGUUUUUGGAUUGA